AUGCCAACGCCGACCAAAAUUCUCGAACGAACACUCUCCACCAGACGGCAGCAGCCUCACGCCGCCGAGGAGGCGCCCGCAGCUGAAGAAGUCGGCGGCGGAGAAACCGCCGACGAGUCCAAGAACCGGAAGCACAUAUCCGUAGCUAUGAGGGUGACCAAUUACUUAAUUCGGACAGGGUACAUAUGGCCGGUUCUGAUUCUAGGGCUUGCAGUCGUGAUUAUCUCGUCUCUGGUUGUUCACUCGCGAGAUUUGGUCUGCAUCUCGGCUUCCUCCUCGGAUCACAUCUCUUCGUUGUUCUUUGGAUUCGAUGGCCCCGAGUCGGAUUUCGGUUCUCUUGGUGUUCCAUGGUGCAGAUCGAAACACGGAAAAACUGUGGAAUGGACAUCGAAAGACUUGAUCCAAGGUCUCGAGGAGUUUGUGCCAAUAUAUGAAACCCGGCCCAUUAAGAACAACAUGUACGGUAUGGGGUUCGACCACAGUUUUGGACUUUGGUUUAUCACGAGAUGGCUGAAGCCGAAUUUGAUGAUUGAAAGUGGUGCUUUUAAGGGGCACUCGACUUGGGUCUUAAGGCAGGCCAUGCCUGAUACGCCUAUCUUAUCACUUUCACCUAGGCAUCCUGAGAAGUACCUUAAGAAAGGGCCUGCUUAUGUUGAUGCAAAUUGCACCUAUUUUGCUGGGAAAGACUUUGUGGACUUCGGAAGCAUGGACUGGGGAAAAGUGAUGAGAAAGCAUGGCAUCACGGAUCAUAGUCGGGUGCUUGUGUUCUUCGAUGACCAUCAGAAUGAACUUAAGAGAUUGAAGCAAGCACUGAAAGCUGGGUUCAGACAUUUGGUUUUUGAGGACAACUAUGAUACUGGAACAGGAGACCACUAUUCCUUCAGGCAAAUAUGUGAUCAAUUUUAUAUUAGAGGUGGUGGCCAUAGUUGCUUCAAAGAAAGCGAUGAGGCUCGGACAAGAUACAGAAGAAAGAAGUUUUGGGAGAAAGCUGUGGAUACGGACGAGCUGUGUGGGCCCGGGGACGCUUGGUGGGGCGUGAGAGGUUACAUGCGUGACGAUUUCAAUCACAGCAACAAGGCCAUCACUUUCGCCGAGCAUUUUCGGAACAGCCGAUUUGUGGAGUCGGUGCUCGAUAGUUACUGGGAGCUGCCACCUGUUGCAGGCCCUUCGCUCACUCACCAGACAAGGUAUGACCCGGCCCGUGCAAGUAGACCUAUUGUGGAGGAUGGUAAGUAUGGUUUGUUUCAGAGGCUUGGGCUAGCACGGCUCGAGAGGUCGGUUUUUAAUGGGUACACACAGAUGGUGUAUCUACAGGUGUCUGAGCAUGAAAAGUGA